CUCCCACUUCAUUCACUUGCAAAUCAGUGUGUGCCCACAAGAGCCAGCUCUCCCGAGCCCGUAACCUUCCCAUCCCGAGAGCUGCAGUUCCAGCCUCGGCAGCGAGAACGCCACCACCAGCGGCCACCGCAGCGGCAAGCGGCGGAAGCAAGAGCAGCCGGGCCGGGUCGCGGGGGUCUCCCCGGGCGCAGGAAGGCGAACGGAGAUACCCUCUGAGUGCCAAGCAAAGAACAUUCCGCAUGAGAGGAGGAAUGAGACGGGCUCCAGGGCACUGAAGAAGAGGCACUUCCAAGAGAGGACGCUUGCUUUCUCCUGGACUGGGCAGCACAAUGAGAACUUACCGCUACUUCUUGCUCCUCUUUUGGGUUGGUCAACCCUACCCAACUUUCUCAGCAACGUUGUCUAAAAGGACUAGUGGUUUCCAGGCCAAGAAAAGGGUCCUGGAGCUCUCUGGACACAGCAAAAAUGAGCUGAGCCGUUCCAAAAGGAGCUGGAUGUGGAAUCAGUUCUUUCUCCUGGAGGAAUACACGGGAUCCGAGUACCAGUAUGUGGGCAAGUUACAUUCAGACCAAGAUAGAGGAGAUGGAUCACUUAAAUAUAUCCUUUCAGGAGAUGGAGCAGGAGAUCUCUUCAUUAUCAAUGAAAACACAGGGGACAUACAGGCCACUAAGAGACUGGACAGGGAAGAAAAACCUGUUUAUAUCCUUCGAGCUCAAGCUAUAAACAGAAGAACAGGAAAACCUGUGGAGCCUGAAUCUGAAUUCAUCAUCAAGAUCCAUGACAUCAAUGACAAUGAGCCUAUAUUCACCAAGGAGGUUUACACAGCCACAGUUCCCGAGAUGUCUGAUGUGGGCACCUUUGUUGUCCAAGUUACUGCAACUGAUGCUGACGAUCCAACCUACGGGAACAGUGCUAAAGUUGUCUAUAGCAUCCUACAGGGGCAACCCUAUUUUUCCGUUGAAUCAGAAACUGGUAUCAUCAAGACAGCAUUGCUCAGCAUGGAUCGAGAAAACAGGGAGCAGUACCAAGUGGUGAUCCAGGCCAAGGACAUGGGCGGCCAGAUGGGAGGCUUAUCCGGAACCACCACUGUGAACAUCACGCUGACAGAUGUCAAUGACAAUCCCCCUCGGUUUCCCCAGAGCACGUACCAGUUUAAAACCCCGGAAUCCUCUGCACCCGGCACGCCCAUCGGCAGGAUCAAAGCCAGCGAUGCUGAUGUCGGGGAGAACGCUGAGAUCGAGUACAGCAUCACUGAGGGCGAGGGGCUUGACAUGUUCGACGUGGUCACCGACCAGGACACCCAGGAAGGCAUCAUAAGGGUCAAAAAGCUCUUGGACUUUGAAAAGAAGAAAGUGUACAACCUCAAAGUGGAGGCCACCAACCCUCACGUGGAACCCCGCUUUCUCUACCUGGGUCCAUUCAAAGACUCCGCCACCGUUCGAAUCAAUGUGGAGGAUGUGGAUGAGCCGCCGGUCUUCAGCAAACUGGUCUACGUCCUGCAGAUAAGAGAAGAUGCGCAGAUCAACACAACCGUCGGCUCCGUCACCGCCCAAGACCCAGAUGCUGCCCGGAACCCUGUCAAGUAUUCUGUUGAUCGGCACACAGACAUGGACAGAAUAUUCAACAUAGAUUCUGCAAAUGGUUCCAUUUUCACAUCAAAACUUCUUGACCGUGAAACAGUGCUCUGGCACAAUAUUACAGUGAUAGCAACAGAGAUCAAUAACCCCAAGCAAAGCAGCCGAGUCCCUCUCUAUAUUAAAGUUCUUGAUGUCAACGACAAUGCCCCAGAAUUUGCUGAAUUCUAUGAAACUUUUGUCUGUGAAAAAGCAAAAGCAGAUCAGCUGAUUCAGACCCUGAGAGCUGUUGACAAAGACGAUCCUUACAGUGGCCACCAGUUCUCCUUCUCUCUGGCCCCCGAAGCUGCCAGUGGCUCCAACUUCACCAUUCGAGACAACAAAGACAACACGGCCGGCAUCUUGACCCGCAGGAACGGCUACAGCAGACACGAGAUGAGCACCUAUCUGCUGCCCGUGGUCAUCUCAGACAACGACUACCCCGUCCAAAGCAGCACAGGGACAGUGACCGUCAGGGUGUGUGCGUGCGACCACCACGGCAACAUGCAGUCGUGCCACGCCGAGGCCCUCGUGCACCCUACGGGGCUGAGCACGGGGGCUCUGGUGGCCAUCCUCCUGUGCAUCAUCACCUUACUAGUGACCGUGGUGCUGUUCGCCGCGCUCCGACGGCAGCGCAAGAAGGAGCCCCUGAUCAUCUCCAAAGAAGACAUCCGCGACAACAUCGUCAGCUACAACGACGAGGGCGGCGGCGAGGAGGACACGCAGGCCUUCGACAUCGGCACCCUGCGCAACCCCGCGGCCAUCGAGGACGGCAAACUGCGCCGGGACAUUGUCCCUGAGACCCUUUUCCUGCCGCGCCGGACUCCCGCCGGCGCCCGCGAAAACACCGACGUGCGAGACUUCAUCACCCAGCGGCUCAAGGAGAACGACGCGGACCCCACGGCGCCGCCCUACGACUCCUUGGCCACCUACGCCUACGAGGGCACCGGCUCGGUGGCCGAGUCCCUGAGCUCGCUGGACUCGGUCACCACCGACGGCGACCAAGACUACGACUACCUGAGCGACUGGGGGCCCCGCUUCAAGAAGCUCGCCGACAUGUACGGCGGCGGGGACAGCGACAAGGAGUCCUAAUCGGUGGCCUUCCCCGAACCCCCACCCCAAUUCCGAUUCGACGCUGACCUCUGUGACUCUAUUUACCCAUUGGGUGCGCUGUGCCGCCCCGUCGCAGAAGUCCCUGGCUGCCGUCGUGUGGAGUCGAUGUUAGAGACUUUUUUCUAGUACACUUUUAUGAGCUUCCAAGAGGCAAAGGUUUAUUUUUUAGUGCAUCCCGUUUACCCAUGUCACAGUCCCCUGAUUGCUCCCCCCCGCCUCCCCUGACCCCCGUGGGGGGUGGGGGAUGGUGGGCGGGGAGGUGGCCGGGAGCAUCAACCUUUCUUUCCCCUGGUUCUCAGGCUCCGUCCCACCCAAUGGGUCUUUUUUUUUUCCCUCCCUGUUGAUGCAUUGGGCUCUGGCUGUACAUUUCACUAGCUCAUGGAUGAGGCAUUGUGCUUCCAGGAUUUGGGGGAGGGGGCGAAAGGUUAUGGAGUUCCUAAUCAAAGAGAGAAGGGAGAUCCCUGGGAAGGUAUUCCUAGCAUGUGAACUCACCAAGAGAUAAUGAACCCUGUGUAUGGGGGUGUGCUUCUGUCGCAAAGGAUUUACAGUAACAUUUGCCCGGGCUGAUUGUUCUUCAAGAACUUUUUCUGUUCCCAGGACUAUUCAAAAUGAUAUCAGAUUCGUCCAUGUUUCCUGUUUAGAAGAUAAUUAAAUGGGGGCUUUAAACACCCCCCCCCAUAAAAGGACAUCAUUCCUUGCCACUAACUCAUAAUUGAUUCUAUAUUAGACAUGUCAGAGUUUUCCCUUGUACUGUAUAUAGGAAAAGGGAAAACAACUAAUUAUGUUUUUUAUAAAGAUAUUGACAUUUUUAAGUUUGAGCCAUCAAAUGGAUGGAUUAUUUGAAAUGAUACCUGCCAUUCAGAGGCUAAUUACAAAUAAGUCGAAAUUCUUUAAAAUUCUUGAAGUAACUAUUCUGAGACAAAAAUUUAAGUCCUUGUCUGUCGUUGUCAAUAUUAUUCUAAUAUACUUGAAAAUAGCAAUAUGGAGUACAAUCAUUCAUAUUCUUCAGAUCCUUCCUACACAUUGAGUUGCAUUAACAAAAGUUGAUUAAAUAAAACUCAAAUCCCACCCUGGGAGUUGAUGGGGAGGUAAGAAAGAGCCAAUUAUUUGAACUUGAUACCCUAACCUUCACAUUUGGAAGUAUUCCUAAAUUGAUAUAACAUGCUAGGAUAGAAAUGACGAAAGUCUAUGUGUUAGAUGUUCAGAAGAUGUUUGAACAGGGGAAAGGAAUUCCCACCAACAAGAGUGCUUAAGAUUGUAAUUAAAAUGAUAGUUGACUUUCCAAAGCAGCAUCAUUUUUCAUUGCUUUAACUCUGUUUUCUUGACACUCCCUCCAUCCUUAUCUCUGAACUACUGAAAAAGUAAUGAUCUCAAACUAUGACAGAAAAGUAAUGUACAACCCAUCCAAUCUGUUCUUUCUCUAAUUAUGCAAUUAGCCUCGUAGUUAUUAUCCAGAGGACCCAACUGAACUGAGCUAAUCCUUUUGGCAAGUUGAAAUCAUUUAUUUCAUAUGACUGUUCUAAUGAUUUUUAUCAUUAGAAUCUUACAUUGUACAGUCAUCAGAAUUUUCCAAAGUACUGUUAUAAAAACAUCCUUGUUUUUUGAAACGUUAAAAAAAAGAAAAAGAAAAAAAAAAGCAGUCUUGGUGUAUAUAUAAUAUGUACUUAAGAAUAUGCUGACUUCGAUUAUUAGUCUUAGGGAUUUAUUUUCAAUUAAUGUUAAUUUUCUACAGAUAAUCUUAGUGUCAUUUCCAUUUGGGGGGUACUGUCACAUCAGCACAUAUUUUCUAUCUGGAAAUAUACUAUUGUUUAGUUGUGUAUUCAAUAGGCCUAUACCCAAGAAGUAAUGGCAGCACCUUUCAAAUAAAAGAAGUGUAGUCUUUUGGAUUACUGAAUUAGAGUGAAAAAAAUUUACAAUUCUAUUAUUCCAUGUGUUUCCUGAAUGGUCUCCUUGUAAUGGAUUUCCCUAUAAACCAACAAGUAUUUCGUGUUUGGAUCAUUUCCUGCUUUCAGGGUUUUCUUUGCUGGUUUUUCAUACACACACACACACACACACACACACACACACACCACAUGCAUACACACACGCACGUGCACAUGCACACACACACACAUGCACGCACACCAUAAAGGGAAAAAAUGCAGAAAGGUGUCACUGUAAUGAGUUCAUGAUAUCAUAGUCACGGAUAGGUAUUGAGAAAAGAUAGCUUAGUAAAGUUCGUAAGAAAUAGUACAUAUAGCAAUAGAACAGCACCUUAACCACAUGGUUUACUGUAAAAUUAAAGAGCUCUCUAUCCUUAUAUUUCAAGUCAUAUAACAAAUUUAAUCAAGAAAAAUUGUCCUGUAAAAGAAAGGUAUCAUUGGAAAUCUUCAUUUUAAACUGAAAGCACUAAUUGGAAUGGUUGAUGUUAGCAAUUUUCAGUGUUAAGGGUAAGGUUUACUCUCUCCUCAUAAGUGAAAGGCAGUGAUUCCAUAGUGGGCUAUUUGAGCUAUAAUUGGCAAGGUAUUUUAUCCUAACCUGAAGAUGAUUCCAUGUACUAAGAACAGAUUAAUAUGGUUAAAUGUUGAAAUAACUCUUUAAUCUCUUACCUCAAUAUCUGAUGAAGUGAACCUAAGAAAUUAAAUCAUUUCUGACUAGAGCUGGAAUAUUUAGCCUAGGAUCUUCUAAAUAUGAAAGUGUAAUAAUAUUUUCCUACAACGAAGACUCUGACAUCAUGGAAAUAAUUUGAGCCACAAUUCCAUCAUCUGUCUAGUCUCACAUCCUUCCACCAUCAAGAUAUGAGGCCAAGGAUCCAGGUCAACAGGAAUGACUCCUAAAAAAGAAAAUCAGUUUUCCUUCAGCUUUCAUAUAGCUCUGCCCUAAUAUUAGAUGUCAGUGAUGAGAAAAAUGAAAGGAAAUUGGGAAGAGGUAAAACUUUAGUGUUUGCUAAGAAACUAAAAUUUAUCAGGUCUAAGCAGACUGCUUUGUGGGUUAUUUCAUGAACUUUGGGGGCAUUUCUAAUAUGUUUAGCCCUCUAUUCUAAGGAGGCAUUUUUCGAAAGAUGUUCCCCUGAGUAAGCUGGAAAACUUUCAAACCCUAACCCGUUGCACAUAAAUUGAAAGCCCUUUCUUUCAUGACCACAUUCUCCUUGAAAGACCUGGAAAAAUCUGUUGCCAAAAAAAAAAAAUCUUAAUCGAAUCGGGGAAUAAGUGAAGGUGGUUCCACAGAACCACGAGAGAGGGGGGAUCUGGGAAAAAUAAAUAUAUAUCGUUUCAGAGCUUUCUUAGCAUUUAUUAGCAUAAUUUGCUAAGCAAAUUAUAGUUGAAGUGUAUGAAGGGAGGUUUUGAUUCAAAUUAACUCCGUUUUCAGAUGGAACAAACCUGGUGAUUCAAUUUUAACUUGGUGUUAAAAUUUGUGGUUUAGUAUUCAUCUUCAGCUCCCAAAGAAUUGUACAUAAAGUUUUAAAGAGUUUAUUCUGUUUUAGGAGCAAAUUAACUUUAGGAUGUUUUCAUUACUUCCAUUUUUAAGUACAUAAAUUUUAGUUUUCCUGAUUUGUUUGAUAAUACUUUAUGUAAAAUGUUUUGCCUUGAAAUGAAUACUUCCUUGGAGAUAUAGUAAUGUACAGAUCAUGGCUGGAUGGUCUUUGAUUCUCUUCUCUUGAAGACUAUAAAAUGUAAGCAGAUAAAAGGAAAGAACAGAGUUGAUUUCUGAGCCUAAAGUAACUUUUGAAAUCGGGUACUGCUAAGUGCAUUUUGCCCAGGAACCAAAACACCAAAUAAUUUUUUUUUAGUAAUAGUCACUAGUUUUGAAGUAGUGUGAUUAUGUUGAAAGAACUCUCUUAAAAGCCAUGAUCUCUACUAUUUUGAAAAAAAUAGCCUCUUGCAAAGGAUUGUUUUAGUAUAAUUUUAUUUGGGGUGGUUUUAUCUAGAUAAAAUAUUUUUUGAAUUGUGACAGCAGAUAAAAAAAAAUCACCCUUCCAUAUUUAUGAUAAUGUGACAACCCAGCCUUCUUUAUCAGGUUAAGAAAGCGGGAAAGGUUAAGACUUUGAGUGUAAAUCUUUAGGAAGAUGAACGAUUUCCUAAGGUCUGAAAAGCAGUUUUCUUUUCUUAGAAAAUAUAGAAUUAUGGUCUCCUCAAAAGUUCGGUAGCUAUUACAGCAUUUUAAAUCCCCCUUUGGCAUCUCCAUGGAGGAUGGGGGACUCGACUGAAAAUCCCAUAGCCCCAGCCCUAUAUAUUGCACGGAGCGGUACCUUCUUGGAAAGAAAACGCAUUGGCUCACACACUUGCUAAAAGUUAAUAAAGAAAUAGCUCAUUUUUAAAGCCAGAAGUUUAUGGUCUCCGCAUCGUCAAUUUAAUUUAAGCAUUGCCAUCUUUAAUCUACUCCCCAUUUUGUAAUUCCUUAUUGAUGAUGCAUUUUCAUUUUUUAAUUUGGGGCGAACGUGAGCCGGCAGAUGAAAGUGCGAGAGGAGGUCAAAUGGAAACAAAACCUAUUACCCACUGGGUUUCAGACAGGACUGAGGCACUUAGCCGAGGAGCCAAUGGGUUAUUAGAUUAAUUCCUAAAGAGCUUUUACAAGUUGCUUAAUUCUUUUUUUUUUAAACCUAUGGACCACAAACUCAAGUUUUUCCUCAAAUGGGGUUAAUUUGACAAAUGAGGCAUGGACCCAGCGUUGUGGAAAAAAGCAUUCCACUAUAAUGAGAUCCUGGUCUUUCUUGGGAGACUAUGCUAUUUGUGUAAAUAUGUCUUAAAGGCACCUUCUUUACGCUUUUCGUUUUCUAUGAUCUAUUAGUUUAGUGUUUGUUAAAGAAUUCAAUGCAGAGGCUUACUGGGCAUUUGGUGGGGAGUGCUGCGUAGCAUUAAGUAAAGCUGUUCCGAAGAAACCAAGGACCACUUCCAGACCACUGUACUCUUUCAUUCGUGAUGAUUUUCAUGGCUCUGAAAGUAAACUGCAUUAUAAGAAAAGGCCUUCUCAUAAUGCUACAUGUGUCUUCAGUAGUACCAGGCGAAGGCAAUUUGACAUUCUCCUACCGUGAUUUGUGAUUUGAAUGAAACCCAGAAAAAUAAAAGCUUUGGGGGUAUUGAUUGUUUUUAAUUAAAAAUACUCCCAAGUACAAAUUGAAGUGGAUGCCAUCUCUUGAAGAUUUACUGGCUGGAGUGCUCAGAUGAGAGAGCAGUUUGCUCCAUCUCACUGGCAUCCUUGGCAUAGAGAACAUCUGCCGGAAAUGAUCACCACCCACCUUCCAUCCCAUGUGUAGUGAGAGAGGUUUUCAUCAUUUCACAGUUUCCACAAGCAAGUUUUCUGUAUUGCAAGAAUGGUGUUGACCCAAUUACCUUUCAGCUCCUGGUUGUAGUCAAAUGGCAAAUACAUUCUUUGAAAUGGCUUCUUUUCCUUUCUUUUGUUUUCUUAGACGUCUACAUUUGAAAAAAAAAAAGAAUGCAAUUUAAAAAAAGUGAUUUCUCACCAAGAGUCAAUAUGCCUUUUGCAAAUCAAUUUUUGUAACAAGUUAUUUAUAUGAUAUUACUUAAUAAACUUUUUUUUCUAA